UUGCUCAUCUCAGCACUAGUCACACACUAGUGUCUUGAUCACACAGGAAUACACUCCGUCAAAAACAGUGUGCGAAAUACUUUAAGGAUAUCCGUCUCUAAUGUGCAAUAUGACUUUUGAAGAAUCUUGUGGAGACAACGCCACGGAAAGAAUGGACUCGGUGGCAAAAGCACUGGAAGAGGUACUGACUGUUGCAUUACCACAGGGUUGCAUCACUGUGGGAGUUUAUGAGGCAGCCAAGUCUCUCAAUGUGGACCCAGACAACGUGGUCUUGUGUCUACUGGCCACAGAUGAAGAAGAUGUGAAGGAUGUCGCUCUUCAGAUUCAUUUCACAUUAAUUCAGGCUUUCUGUUGCGAGAAUGACAUAAACAUCUUGCGAGUAAACAACAUGAGACGUCUAGCAGAGAUCCUUGACGGGGUUAAACCGGGAGGAGAAUCCAUGGAUCUUCACUGUGUAUUAGUCACUAAUCCACAGUCUUCCACAUGGAAGGAUCCGGCCCUCAGCAAGCUGAAUCGAUUCUACAGAGACAGCCGGUGUCUGGACCAGUGGGUGCCGGUUAUCAAUCUCCCUGAGCGAUGAACAAAAGCUGACAAACCUGUGUCAGCUUUUUCAAGCUACUUCACUUGUUUUUUGUUCUGCUCUGGAUGAAGCCAAAUGCUAUCACUAAAAAUGAGACAUGAGGGGGAUUAACAAAAUGUAAUGGAUAAUGAAAUGUAUUCCAGCAAACCCGAUGAAAAAAGGUGUGGAUUUUGUGUUCGGCUGGUGAGGCGAUUCAUGGUUUGCCCCAGAGCAGGAAGAAUGACUCAGCACAAUGUUCACAGUGCUGCCAGGGAACGACAAGUCCUGCAGUUUGCCAGGAAAAGACUGUACAGGAAACUGAAUCAUGUGACUGCUCACACGCACAUGCUACACAAGUGUACCAAGAGUGAGCUGAGAGACUGGAGUAUGUUUAACUGGACUUUACUGAACUCUGCGAAACAAGAUCAGAAUGUCAGUCUGAUGGACUGUAAAGCAAAUGUUAGGCAGACGCUCUGCAAUUUAAGGACCAUAAUUUAUGAUCCUCAAGCUGUCCUUUUAUUCAAAUUAUUUAAAAGGGAAUAUACAUUAGACCUUACUGUUUUAGAUAUAAGUAACUUGUUUUAUUUGAACCGUUCUGGAAUAGUUUUAAAAUGUUAAUUUAUUAAUUGUAUUUAUAUUGUUCUGUUCAUCAUCAAAAAUUGUUAUCAAAAUAAACAUUUUUGAUCC